AUCUGUGAUCAAGCUUUAAAAUCAAUUGUCAAAUACUGAGAAACAUGCAACUCACGAUAUUUUUUCUGAGAAUUAGAUGACGAAUAUGAUCGAGAAUUUAGAAUUUUCAAUAAUCUCAAUAUUUAAGAUCUGUCCAUCCUAUGGAGAUAACAUGUAUCAUUAUUGACAGUUCUUUGGCAGAUCGUUGCUAGACUCGGACGAUGAGAUGGUUGGUUCUUUACCAAUAACAAUAUUGUAAAAUAGAUGGCGUCAGCAUCAAUAGUGCCUUGUGAAGUCGUUUUCUUCAACACUGUAGCCCCAAUUGUGUCAACAGCUGUCAAUAUUUUUGAGUGAUUAGUACUUCACAGACAUUUUUAUUCUAAUCUCAAGUGAGAAACAACGCAUUUUAUAUGUUUCUAGACGAACACCCAUUUUUACCCAUUGCGGCCGGGAGUUACCAAAUGGCAACAUCCACAUUUUCAAUUGAUUAGACAUAAGUGAGGACCUGCCUUUGUGUUACAUUAAACAUUGGCUCUAAGCAAGGAAUAUUUACCGCUAUUCAACUUUCGUACAUUAUAAUUAGGUAAAUAGAAAAUUCAAUUUUUUUAUUUAGAUCUCACUUCAGGGCAUGUCAAUUCAACCCAUAUAAAUUUUCAAAAGAAACUGUUUUUUCGUCUUAUGAAUGCAUGAAUACGUGCAGCAAUGUUAACCAGUAAUUAUCGUAUUGUCCAGCGAUUAUGCAACAUCACUAAGAAGAAAUUACCACGGACAAUACUGAGCCAAUGUUGCCAAAUGGCAACAUCGGGCUGGAAAGGGUUAAGUGGAAUCUAUUCAACUAUUAUCAACUUCGCAGUACAUGAUUUUUUACGACGUGCCCAGAGAUUAUCAUAACUGAAUGACAUUAAAUCUAAACAGUUAAAUGAUGAAUCAGUCAAUAAUUUGGUCUUUCCAGUUCAUUAUAAACAUCGAAAUGAUCCUCAAUCAUUAUUAACACAAAGUCAAACUGAGAUUGAUCAAAUACAUAUCGAAUAAGUUAUUACCGAUGCUUACCAUAAAGCUAUUGACAUGCUUGAUGGUUUAGAAAUAUUGAAUUUGUUGGAAAAAAACCGUGUUCUGGGCUUAAAAUGAUUAAGUGAAUAUGUGUUUAAACAGUUAAAUUCAAAUUCAAAGAUGUACGACUACUCAUCUCAACUUAACAAUAUAGAUGAUGGAGAGUUUGAAAUAGCUGACGAUGAGGAUGGCGAAUCAACAAAUAAUCCUAACAUGGAUGUUGAAAAUAAUGAUAGUUUUUCCUCUAAUGAUGAUUAUUCUGAUGAAGACGAUACUCAAGAUUUAGUAAAUACCACAGAACAAAACUUCAUUGGAAUAAAAGUCUUCAAUACAGUCAAAUCUCAUAUGGAACAUUCUUAUUUUAAAGUUACAACUAAUCAUGCUACAAAAUAUAUAUAUAAACAGACUGCUUGUUGGUUAUUAACGGGCGAAAAAAGUAAACUUUCAAACGAUCGGUUACUUCGAGUAACGCAGAGUAAUAAAGAAGAAUAA